AUGGAAACCUCUUCGUUUGACCCGUGCCUUCUGAUCACGGCAAACAACAUCGCCGACAAGGACCUGUUUGGCAUCGCGGCCUUGCAAACGGAUGACACAUUCAUUGCCAAGCCAAAAGAGAUUCUCCAAGAAGGUUCCAUCUGCGACUUUAACGGCAGCCGCCUGACCAUACAAAAUGGCUGUGUCAUCGUCAGGCAGAAGGGCCAAGCCCAAAACCUCGAGGAGAUCAAUCUUCAGGCAUCAACCCAAGAGCCCGUUAAUACCGACUUCAAGGCUUUGAACAAGCGGAUUGAAUGGCAGAUCAACAAUCCCGACCGUGGCCUAUGUUACAUACCCAUCGAUCUCGAGAGCGCGAAGAUCUUUGUGUUCACCGAUGGAUCAUUCGCCAACAAUAAGGAUUUAAGCUCUCAAAUCGGCUUUGUGAUUAUCAUCGCCAAUGAGACCGCGCAAUCAACCGAUUCAUUUUCCAUCCGCGGAAACAUUCUUCAUUGGAGCUCAACUAAAUAUUCAUAUAGCCUCUAUGAGUGCCUCGUCAAACUUGGCACCACAACAGAGAAGCGACUCAUGAUAGAUAUCAUGGCGCUGAGGCAGGCAUAUGAAUCAAGGGAUAUUGCGGAAAUCCGUUGGGUCAACGGCGCAGAUAACCCUGCCGAUGCUAUGACGAAGGCAUCACAAACAGCGCCCUCACGCAGUUUAUUAGCGACAAUCAGCUAA